CAACCAUCCGACAGACCUAAGCUUUUUGGGAGAUUCAAGGUUUACAUAACGUUGAUAGAACCCGCGCUGCAAGUAGCAUGUACGGAUACUCGAAUGGCCCCGCCCGAUGAUAUCCGAGUCUUUGCUUGCGGGGUUGAACUUGCGUCUUGAGUCACCUUACCAAGCGCUCUCGCUCAUCGGAGCUCUCGGCCCAGUACUUCUAAACCUAGAAGUUAUUCGCUCACACGACUGAGUCGAUAAGAAACGACAGGUUUUCAUUGCGCUCACAUCUGUUCCCAUAGUCCUCCCUAAAUUGACCUCCCAGUGGGGUUGAGUGCUUGUAACGCCAAGAUGCUCAGUCCGCCAGUGAACCUGCCCAAGUGGCUGGAAGAGAACUCGCACCUGUUGAAGCCGCCCAUCAACAACUACUGCGUAUACAACGACGACUUUACCGUCAUGAUCGUCGGCGGUCCCAACGCGCGCACAGACUACCACAUCAACCAGACGCCAGAAUGGUUCUACCAGUACAAGGGCGCCAUGCUCCUCAAAGUGGUCGACGACGGCGCCUUCAGGGACAUCGUCAUCCGCGAGGGAGAGAUGUUCCUGCUGCCCCCCAACACGCCGCACAACCCGGUGCGCUUCGCCGACACGGUGGGCAUCGUGCUCGAGCAGAAGCGGCCCGCCGACUCGAUCGACCGCAUGCGCUGGUACUGCCAGCGCGAAGGGUGCGGCGCGGUGGUGCACGAGGCCGCCUUCCACUGCACCGACCUGGGCACUCAGAUCAAGGAGGCCGUGGAGAGGUUCAAGGGGGACGUGGCCGCGCGGACAUGUAAGGCGUGUGGUGAGGUCGCGGACUGGUGUCCUCGACCCGGCUCGAUUCGGGAUCCGAAUUUGGCCGAGUGAGAAGAAUACUGGUGAGGGGUUCGUUUCGGAGGUAACCGGGCAGCGCCAGUCCAGCAUACGGAUGUGUAUACCAAUCAAGUACUGGCUAAAUAUAUAAUAGCGAACGCGGACGACAAGUCCAGCAGUAUCCUGAGCUUAAGUCUAUGUUACCUGGAUGGGAACCUCAAGUCUCGGCAUACUCAUAUGAGCUGGUCGACUCCUCCACCGCAACCUCGAUCUUGGCUUCCUCCAGCUCUUUGCCGCCCACUCUGAUGCCCGCGCGCAUGACAUCGCCCGGCACAACCGGACCGACACCCUUGGGCGUGCCCGUCA